GGGUCUGCUGUUGGUGUGUGAUUCAGAUUAGCUGUUAGCUUGCAGAGAUGACCGCGGACAGGCAGGUCGAAGCUAAACUCUCUCCUACGGAAGAAAAUAAAGAGAAUAUACAAGGAGGACUGGGUUUGGAAAUUCUCCAAAUCAUCAAGGAGUCCCAGCAGCAGCAUGGCCUCAGGCACGGAGACUACCAAAGAUACAGGGGCUACUGCUCUCGUAGGCUGCGCCGCCUCCGAAAGACUCUUGGCUUCAAGAUGGGAAACAGACACAAGUUUGUUGGAAAGAAAAUCACAGUGGAAAUCCUUUCUGACAGCAGGUAUCUGUUGCUCGUUCUGAUGGAGGCGGAGCGCGCGUGGAGCUACGCCAUGCAGCUGAAGCAGGAGGCCAACACGGAGCCGAGGAAGAAGUUCCACCUGCUCGCUCGUUUACGUAAAGCCGCCAAGCACAGCGAGAAGCUGGAGAAGCUCUGCGAGAGCCACCGUGUUGACGCCAAGACCAAACUAGAAGCACAGGCUUACACUGCGUAUCUGACAGGGAUGGUUCACUUUGAGCUGCAGGAGUGGAAACUUGCCAUGGAGGCCUUCAACAAGUGCAAGACCAUUUAUGAGAAACUGGAAAGCGCCUUCACCGAGGAGCUGGCUGUUCUGUAUCGCCAGCGUGUGGAUGAGAUAUCACCCAACAUCCGCUAUUGUGCUUACAACAUAGGUGACCAGAAUGCCAUCAAUGACCUGAUGCAGAUGAGGCUGACCGGUGGAGGAGGGGGCAUGAUGGCUGAAAAACUGGAGGCUCUGAUCACUCAAGCAAGAACCAAGCAGGCGGCCACGAUGAGCGAGGUGGAGUGGCGAGGCCGGUCCGUUCCUGUGAAGAUCGACAAAGCCCGGAUAUUCCUCCUGGGUCUGGCGGACAACGAGGCCGCCAUCGCUCAGGCCGUCAACGAGGAGACCAAAGAACAUCUGUAUGAGACGCUGCUGGCCGAGUGCAGAGACACCAUCCAGGCCGUGAGGGAGGAACUGAAGAGCGAGGCGAAACAGCGAGAGAGGAGCUCCGAUAAUGAAAGUGGGAAAGUGUCCAACCUUCAGUUUCUGCACAGUUAUCUGACCUACAUCAAGCUGUGCACACUGGUGAAGAGAAACGAGAGCAUGGCCCACACUCUGCAGGCUAAACUGAAGGAAACCGGCACCGACGAGAACAAGAGGGGCCCCCGUCCACAAGACCUCAUCCGACUCUACGACAUCGUCCUGCAGAGUCUGGCUGAGCUCUCCACCCUGCAGGGUCUGGAGGAUGACCACACUUUCCAGAAGGAAGUUUCCCUCAAGACUUUGGUCUACAAGGCCUACAGGUGCUUCUUCAUUGCUCAGUCUUACGUUCUGGUGAAGAAGUGGAGUGAGGCGCUGGUCCUGUAUGAGAGAGUCCUGAAAUAUGCCAAGGAGGUCCAGUCAAAGUCCAAGAGUCUCAACAACAGCCUCAAGGAUCUCCCUGACGUCCAGGAGCUCAUCGCCGAGGUCAGCGCUGAGAAAUACUCACUGCAAGCUGCUGCCAUUCUGGACACUGAUGAAGCACCUGAAGAGAGCUCUCAGCAGCAGGUGAAAGAUAACACGCCUCUGUGUGAACACCUGGACAACUUCCACCUGGACAAGACUCUGGUCGGGAAGCAUCCGAACCUGGUCCAGUUCCCGCCGGAGUUCCAGCCCAUCCCGUGCAAGCCUCUGUUCUUCGACCUCGCCCUCAACCACGUGGCCUUCCCACCGCUGGAUGACAAGGUGGAGCAGAAGGGCAAGGGCGGCCUGACCGGCUACAUCAAGGGCAUAUUUGGCUUUGGCAGCUAAGCUGAAGAGCCGAAGGCGCCGGGGCUCCAGGUCGAUCAAAAAACGUGCCUAUUUUUCCCAAGUUGGUGGAGUCUGCAGAGUGAAUCCGACCUUCAAACUGAGAUUAUAGACGAGCUUCAAGUAGCAAUAUGACCCCAUGUUCAUCUGGAUUCUAUAGACCGGAUAGUUCCAGACAUUAGUGUCUGAAUAUUCAUAAAUCCAACAGGUGACUCUCAAAAUGACCUUCAUUUCCAUCGUUUCUUUAAUGGAAGAGCCAGUAUGUACUGGUGUUCACACCUGGAACUUAUAAAAGAGUUAUUUUAGAUCAGAAACUGGCCAAUUCAUUUAACUCUGAUUAUCUGUUUACUCUUGGAUAAAUUGGACCCGUUAGAUGAAGAAAUAUGAUUCAGAACCAGGAGAUUUAUAGAUAUCGCCUAUAAAUCCUAUAUUGGAGAUAUUUAAUGAAUAUGUUCAGAAUCGAGUUAUUAAAUAUGAAAGGGUAUUUUCAGUUUUUAACUCUUCUGAUUUCCGUACUUCGGUUCAUUCAUAUUGGUGAUAUGAGAACAAUGCGAGCUAAUUGAUAAAACUAUUUUUACCAUUUAUUGAAAGGAAAAUUUCAGCUCUGCUUUUUGAUUUUGUUUGGAUAUUUUCCCAGAUUGUUGUAAUUCAAACCUUUCUGGUCUGGUUAGGUUUAUGCAGCAGACUCCUAAGUUUCGUUAUUGUUAUAAAUUUACUUCAGAUCAGCCUGAAUCACCCUGAUCAUAUUUUCAGGGCUUCGACGCUCCUGCUGGAGUUUUACCUUCAGCAGACAUUAAGCCAUCAGGAAGGUUUUAGCAGCCUUUCCAUCAUCACACCACCACGCCUCAUAGUAUAAAUGUUUUUACUACAUGAAUAGCAUGUCUGGAAGUUCAGCAUUGUUACAAACAUCUGUUGCUACCCAUUGUUUUUGUAGUAAAGAGCAGUUUUUCCUCCAAAUCGAACCUCCUGACUUCCUCUGCUCCUUUCUGGACCUGAUUUCCUUGUGAUAAACUUAGAUGAGUUUUUUUAUGACCUUCAUAAAUCUGUGUUGCUGGUCUUUUUUUAAAUGCUUUUUUUCUUCUCAUUGUUUGUGUUGAAGAAGUAAGAUGGACUCCCCUCCAGUAGCUUGGAACGGUGCAAAAACACAAAAUCUUGCUAAGUGUUUUCUGUCUAGUUCCUAGUACAAAUAUUGCAUUACACUUGAAAUAAGAAAAACAAACUGACAAGUAACUUUUCAGCAAGAAAUAGGAGCUUGUUUUAAGUAAAUAAUUCCUUAAUAUUGAAGAAAAAGUGCUGGUUCCAUUGGCAGAUAAAUUCACUCAUGUCACAAGGGAAAUUAUUUAGUGGUUUUUCUCCUUAAUCAAAAUUAAGGAGUUAUUGACUUAAAACAAACUCCUAUAUCUUGCUGAAAAGUUACUUCCAAGUUAGUUUUGUUUUGUUUCCGGUGUAAUAAGAUAUUUGCACUAGAAACUGGACCAACAUCCCUGGUUAGAGUUUGUGGUUUUGCAGUAAAGAGUCUUGGUGAUUGUUGGAAACAUCUGAAAAUAAUGAUGGGAAUGUCUUCAUUUUUUCUCCAGGCUCAGAAAUAAAAUAUAUUGGCACCAA